AUGGAAGCUGAUCAAUAUUUAUUUGUUGAUCUUGGCGCUCGAUAUUAUGUAACUGGUGUAGCAACACAAGGACGUCGUGCAGCCAAAGAAUAUGUUACAGUAUACAAUAUAAUGUAUUCAGAUAAUGGUCAUAAUUGGUUUCAUUAUACAAAUGAAGAUAAAAUAAUUGUGAAUUUUAUUGGUAAUAAAAAUGAUAAUGGAAUUGUACGAAAUAAUUUUUCUGAUCCUUUUAUAACACGUUUUGUACGUUUUAAUCCAAGGCAGUGGAAUAAUUUUAUAUCAAUGCGUGUUGAAAUUUAUGGGUGUCCAUUUACUUCGUCAUCAUUUACUUUUGAUGGGCAAACAAUAGCUUAUUAUGAUGCAACGUUUAUUCCAUUACAUAAUCAACAAGAUGAAUUACGUUUACGUUUUAAAACAAAUUAUCCAAAUGGAGUUUUAUUUUAUGCUAAAGGAACACAAAAUAAUGAUUAUUUAGCUGUUGAACUUCGUAAUGGAAGUAUUUUUGUUGGAAUUGAUUUAGGUUCAACUCCUGAACGUCCAGGUGCAACGAUUAUUCAAGCUGGAAGUGUACUUGAUGAUUAUCAAUGGCAUGACUUAGCUGUUAUACGUUAUUGGAAAAAUGUAUCUGUUAAAAUUGAUCAAACUGUUUUUUAUGAAGAAUCACAAAGUGCUUUUAAUGGCUUAGAUCUUGAUGGAAAGCUGUAUGUUGGUGGAGCACCCAAUCAUAUGGAACGAGGAAUAACUGUUCGUCCAAAUUUUCAAGGUUGUUUAGAAAAUGUUUUAUAUAUAAGUCCAUCAACAAAUGCUAUUUUGGAUAUAUUACUAAAUUUACAAAGACAAUUGCCAUUUUAUGGUCUUGAACAAGGAAGGGUUGGAUCAGGAGCAUUGUGUGAAGAUGAUUCAUUGAAUAUGCAUUCAUAUACAUUUAAAACAUUUGAUUCUUAUCUUGAAGUGUUUCGUAAACCAGGUGCAUCAUCGAUUGAUGUUAGUUUUCAAAUGCGUACAUUUGAACCAAAUGGAAUUUUAUUUUAUACAAAUUUAUCUGAACCAAGAUAUUUUAUGGUUGGUAUUAAUGAUGUACCUGAUCAAGAUUUUUUACGACUGUUCCUUGAUGAAGGACAAUUAGGAUGCACAGUACAAUUAAAUGGAAAUAAACGAACAGUUCGUCAUCGGCGAGAUAAUUUACAUGAUGGACAAUGGCAUGAAAUAAGUCUUUUAUUAACACAAUAUCGUUUUAAUAUUACUGUUGAUUAUGAACCUGAAUUUUCUAAUACAAGAAAUAAUUUAUCAACAACUGAUCGUUUUACAUUUAGUACAAAUGGUGAUCAAGUCAAUCGUGAAACAACUAUGAAUGGUUUUGUUGGUUGUCUAAGACAAGUUAUUAUGAGUGGAAUACAAAUAUUACCAAGAGAUAUAACUAAUAAUUUAACAGCUAUAAGAGCAAAUGAUAAUAGACCUAGAACUGGAACUGUUGUUAAUCAUGGAGUUCUUCUUGAUGCUUGCGAAAUGUUUGAUCGUUGUACACCAAAUCCAUGUAGACAUGGAGGAGCAUGUUAUCAAACAUGGACAAGAUUUCAUUGUGAUUGUUCAAAAACAGGUUAUAGUGGUGCUGUCUGUCAUGUUAGUGAUAUGCCAUUAUCAUGUCUUGAUUAUAAAUUAAAUCGUAUGAAAAUUGAUGAAAUUCUUUCUGAACGUAUAACAAUAAUUGAUAUUGAUGGUAGUGGCCCAUUAGCACCAUUUCCAGUUGUAUGUCGUUCUGGUGCUAAAUCCGAAAUUCUUAAUGUAACUGAAAUAGGUCAUUAUCAUGAAUUAGAGAGUUAUGUAACAAGUGGUUAUCAAUUACCUAAUUCAAUUUAUUCUCAAACAAUAAAUUAUCGCGUACCAUUAUUACAAUUAUUUAGUCUUAUUGAUCGUUCAUAUGUAUGUAAGCAACAUAUUGAAUAUACAUGUUUUAAUUCACGUUUAUUAAAUUAUCCAAAUUCACCAUAUGGUUGGUGGGUUGGUCGUACAAAUCAAACGAUGGAUUAUUGGGGUGGUAGUGAAAUAGGUACAGGAAAAUGUUCUUGUGGUUUAGAUAUGACAUGUGCUAAUCCAAAUUUAUUUUGUAAUUGUGAUUCACAAUUUACAACCGAGCUUAAAGACAGUGGAUAUUUAACACGAAAAGAAUAUUUACCUGUUCUUCGAGUUGAAUUUGGUGAUACAGGACCAGUUGGAUCACCACAAUAUGGUCGAUAUCAAGUUGGCCGUCUUUAUUGUGAAGGUGAUUUACUUUACGAUAAUAUAGUUACAUUUCGAAAGGCUGAUGCAAUUAUAACAGUACCACCAUUUGAAGCUAAGGUAGCUGGUGAUAUACGUUUUCAAUUUAAAACUGGUUUUGAUUCAGCUACAUUUGGUUCAGCUAUUAUUGUACAAAAUGUUGGAUAUGAUAAUGGAGAUCUUAUUGAAAUUCGCCUUCAAGCACCACGUGAAAUAGCAUUUCGAUAUAGUGUUGGUCGUGGUACAAACAUAAUAACAAUUCGUGCACCAUAUGAUUUUAAUGAUAAUGAUUGGCAUACUGUACAUCUUGAAAUCAAUCGACAAGAAGCAAGAUUGACAGUUGAUGAUUUAUCAGCUACUAAUCCAGAAGAUCAAACAACGUUUCGUCAUAUACGUUUAACAUCAAAUUUAACAAUUGGUGCAUCUGUUACAAAUCGAAAUGGUUUUGUUGGAUGUAUACGUGCAUUUCAAGUUAAUGGACAAUUAAUGGAUUUAAAGUCACAAGCAUUACGUGGUAUGUAUGGAAUAUCACCUGAUUGUAUUGGAAAAUGUCAAAGUAGUCCAUGUUUAAAUGGAGGACGAUGUAAUGAACGUUGGUCAACAUAUGAUUGUGAUUGUACCUUUACACCAUUUCGUGGACCUAUUUGUUCAACAGAAAUUGGAACACGAUUAGAAGCAAAUACAAUGAUUAAAUAUACAUUUCCUACACAGGGUGUAACUGCAACUGAAGAAGAAACAAUUCGUGUACUAUUUACAACUUAUAAAAAACAAGGUAUAUUAAUGCAAUUAAAAUCUGAUAGAGUUGAUGAGAAAGGUAUGAUUGAUUAUUUUACACUGGAAAUGAAUAAUAAUGGUGGUGUACGUGUCAAGUUUAAUUAUGGUUUUGAUACAUUUGAAUAUAAUGUUCCAUAUGAUUUAACAAAUGGACAAAAUCAUGAAGUCAUUGUAACGCGCCGUAAUCAGGGUAAACUUAUUGUAGUUAGUGUUGAUAAUUAUGAACCAUACAUUGAUGUAUUUCCUCAAACGCAACAAAUUGAUAUGCAAUUUGAUAGUCCACGUGUUAUGUAUAUUGGAAGAAAUGAAACAACACCACCUGAAGAAGGUUUUACUGGUUGUAUUUCUCGAUUACAAUUUAAUCGAAUAUUUCCAUUAAAAUAUGCUUUUUUGGAAGAACGCGAUCCAAGUAUAGCAUGGAUUGGUGGAAAUAUUCGGGAAUGGCCAUGUGGUACAGAGCCUGUAAAAUAUCUACCUGAACCUCUUGAAAUUCCACCUGAUCGUGGAUUUAGUAUACUUGCAUUACCACGUCCAAUUUAUAAACAAAAUGUUUACGCAAGAAACUUAGGUCUUAUUCUUGGUUCGAUGGGCUUUCUUUUACUACUUCUUUUUGUUGGACUUGGAAUAUGUUAUCAGAAAUCAAGUAAAAGCGGACACUAUAAAACAAAAGAAGAUAAAGGUGCUGAUCAAGCAAUUGAUGCUGAUACAGCAAUAAUAAAAGGCGAUCCACGUCAUCCAGAUUUAACUGAGCCAAAAGAAUGGAUUUUAUAA